AUGAUAACAGGCUCGAUGAAGAGACGGCCUCAAACGGUAACAAUGGUGUUGAAGUUGUUCCACUCGAGCUCCCAGAGACAGGAAGUAAUUACCCCUGUCCAGACCCGAGUACACAAACCGAUACAUUGGAGUGCACAACUUCCAUCGCGGGGGUUGACCGUCCGAAUAGUGUAGUUGAUCGGAAUAGGCCCCCGACUAACUCAACGGUUCGAAGCGAAACUUCCACAAGAACGCAAGGUCCGGAUGUUUCGAGUGUAGUAGACAAAGAGAAAACGCACAAGUCGUCACUGUCUUUAGCUACAGGGGUUAUCAGUGGACCCCCUUCGUUAGAUCAGGCGAAGAGUAUACCCCCCACAGGUCAUGUUCACACUCGGGGAGGUUUUUCCAUGGGGCGAGCAAGGCAGUCGUCGAAGGUGACUGGAUUCCUGGGUAGAGGAACGCCACGUACCGCCGGCUCAGCAGGUUCCCGCACGGCAACACUAAAGGCAUGAAGCCAUCGUCGAUGUUGGAAUGUCCGAGAUGCCGCUACAUCGCACGGGGGAAGAUGAUUUUCAAGUUCAGCAAGGAAUGCGGUUGGGAACUGGCGGAGCCAAGUUAGAACUCGGUGUGGUUAAAGAACUACCGAAGUCUGACAUCGAUGAGCUUGUAGGAACAGUGGUGGAAGAUGUUC